GUCAGUUUCCAAAAUAAUGUAAUAAAUUCCAACAAAAUUAAGAUAAUGCUAUAUUGCUAUUAAUUAAUACUAUAUUACUAACAAUGUCACGGUAUUAAUCAUCGGAUUUGCCAAAAUAAAUUAUAAACUACUCUCUUAAAAAUUAAUUUCAUAAAGAGAGCAUGUAAAAUAAAACAAACAGAAAAGAAAAACUCAAAUUGAAAAGGUCAACUAGAAUUACUAGUCCAAGACAACGAUCAGACUCAAAAAGGUAAUGCUCUGUUCAAAGCUUGCAGAUGUUAUCGCUCUGGCCCCUCUUCAUCCUCUACAAGGUUCCAAACUUUCUUCAAUAUAGGUGACAACGAGCCAGGCGGAGAUGGAAAAGAUCAAACACGGGAAUAAGAAGCAAUUCAAGCUCUCCUUCCUCCCCGAGAAUCUCUUAUCCUUAGCCCAAAUCAAGCAAUUGUCCAAGUCAAAAGCAUACUACCUUUGUGCCCCAGCCCUAAGCUUUUGACCUAGCCUGCCCGAUCGAUCCGACCUUGACCAAUGCUUCUCUUCCAAAUCCCAUCAAUCUCUGCACUAACGCCGAUCUAAUUUAGCAUUUUCAGACGGAUCUACGGUACUAGUGAUGGGUUUCAUGGGAGCCGCAGGAGAUGAUUGGUGACUUUUUCUUUUUCUUUAGAUUUGGGGAUUCAUCGACCUUCUUCUGUCACACCAAGUAUGCGGCACUCUGUCCCUAUACGAGAGUAAACAAACUUGAACUCCUGUUUACCUUCCCGAAACUUAUUUAUUUUAGUACUAUUUGAGUCUAUCCCAAUGUUCUAAAAGGCGUAAGGCGUGCCAAGGCAGCACGCUCACAGUGACCGGAGCCAGGAAAUCAACUAUGUAGGGGCCAUUCUAUUGAAAAACUACAUGAAAUUAAAAAAUUAUAAUCUAAUACAUAAAGCAUUGUUCCCGACAACUCGACAAGGGUCAUACGAAAGAGUUUUACACGGCAAAAAGUUUAGGAUAGUAGUUAAGUUAUCCGGAGUUCUGACUGAAAAGCAAAACAAGUAAGGGGCUGUUUACUUACGACUUAAUGGUCUGAAUGGAAACAAUGACUUAUUCGGUCAGCCAUAUGAGGCUGUUUACUUAGGACUUAUUUUAAAACAUCACUUAUUCGCUCAGACCAAUUUUAACUUAAUCGUUCAGUGCAAAUUCAAUACUCCUUCCGGUUCAGACACUCAUAUGUAUCGCCUCUCUCUUUUUUAACCCUCAUUCCCUUCGCUUCUUGUUCGCUAACAUCUACGGCCGCCAAGUGAAGAUCUGCGCGCACAGUCCAUCGCCGGUCGCAACAACGUGCACGUUUCAUCUCCAUCUCCAGCUCUCAUCCCUCACCUUCUCCAUAUCGGUAUCUCCUUUUAUUUUUCUCUAGUAUUUUCUCUCUGUUUUGUUUUCAAUUUCUCCUAAUAAGAGUUCUUCCUUGUUCUGUAUCAUACUUUUCUCUACCUACAGUGAAGUUUCGAAUUUUUGGAGUAAAUUCACUACAUUUUUAUAUUUAGGUCAAUCUUAUGUAAUUUAAUUUACAUAUGCCAUAUUGUUAAAUUUCAUGUUGGAUGGUUUGAUAUUAGGGAUUUAUAACUCAAACUCUAUUUUUUGGUUGAAAUAACUCAAACUCUGUUAUUUUUUGGUAAGGUACAACAACUGUAAUAAAUCUUGAAUCAUACUUGUAUUUUAAAAAAAUCAUUUUUUUUGUUGGUUUAACUGAUAUUUCAUCAGGAAUUUGAGAUUGCCAUAUAAUUUGAUAUUCAACUGAGGCACACAGUCAAAAACCUUAGAUUUUGGAGUAGAAAAAGGUCUCUCAAUGGGAUAUGUGACUGGUUGAUCUUUAGAAGUUCAUCUCUUGAUUGCUCUAUUGUAUAAUUUUUGUUAUCUCUGUGUACACAUUGCUAGUCAUAUUUUGUUUCUAUUUUUAAAAAGAAAAGUCUCCAAUCACGAAUGAACUUUAGAGCAUAGAAUUUAAUCAGCCUGCCUAACCAUCCCAAGCAUGAGGUUUAUUGUUUAUUCAAUUCGUGUUUCUGCAAUGGGGAUAGGGAGUACUAUAGCGUGGGUUGCCUAACCAUCAAUAAAAGGGUUGAUAUUUUGCUAAGUCUCUACAUGCGUGGGUUGAUCUAUUUUAAAAAGGUUGUCUGUUUUAUGGGUUGAUCUAUUUUAAAAAGGUUGUCUGUUUUAUAAGUCUGUACUCUGCAUAGUACUUGUCUGGGUUAUUAGGUGUCCUUCAACUUUGUAAAUUAUUCUUGAAGUGCAAAUAACAUUUCUAAAAGGUAAUUGUGUUAUUCACUUAUUCCCCAAUGUUUUUGGUUUGUUUCUAAAGCUCUAAGUGGCUCAUAUUUUGAUUAUUUUCAAACUAAGAGGGAUGAGGUUCAGUCCAUUAAUCUUUAAAUAGUUAAUUUUUUUAAUCUCAUAAAUUAUUUAUUACAUUGAAUUCAUUAGCUUUUACAUGUGCUUCCCUGCCCUUUCGUAUAAGGAGAAGUUAUCUGCUUCACAGCUAAUUCGUAUAAGGUUAAUAUUAUUUAUGCAUUGUCUUCAAAAAGAAGUUUAAUACAUGGAAGAUGAUAACUCCAUUUUUUGACAGCUUGUGAAGAUCUUUUUAUGUUAUUUUGUAUGCAAUAUAUAGGCAGAUUAUUCUUAAAUAAGUAGGCUGAUUUUUUUGCAGUUGUUUAUCGGAUAAGUUAACCAUCUAUUAGCACUCUAUGAAUUAUUGGGACACACCUAUUUCAUUCUUUAGGUAUGGAACACGCCGGUGAAUCAGAAAAGCAAAAAAAAUGUAGGAUAAGUUGGAAAAAUAUGAACGUGGUGAAAACGUUUCUUGAGACUUGUAUCCAUGAGAUUUCCGUAAAUGGGCGGGAAGGUAGUAGUCUGAAAGCUCUUUCUUGGAAGAAAGUUGCUAACGUUUUGAAUGGGACUCAUAAGUUUUCUGUUGAUCGAAGGCAAAUGAAAAAUCAUUACGAUUAUCUUAAAGGAAAAUAUGGAGCCUGGUUACUCCUCAAAAAUAAAACAGGCAAUGUGUAUGACCCGUCCACCAACACAUUUAAUCUUACGCCCGAGGAAUGGGAGAUUGAAAUUAAGAAAAAUAAGUACAUUGAAACUUUGAGGACUACAUCGCUUCCAUUCCCUGAACUUUGUGCACAACUAUUUGAUGGGUCUGUUGCAACGGGCGUUGAGAGUUGGGGACCAACUUCAGUCGAACCUAUGCCACAUGGACACACUUCAUCUGAUGGUCCAAUUGUGGUUGAAGAAGAAGUGGAGUUUCAAGGUACACAAGCUAUGUCUACAUCAGCAGGUCAAUGUUCAAGCCAUAAGCAAUCAAAAAAACUCAAAACUAAGGGCAACCAAGGAAAUUCAGCCAUUGAUGAAGAAUUUUUGAAUGUGAUUCGCUUAGUUGCUUCAAAACAUGCGAAGCCCGAAGCAUCUUCGAAGCCUGAACCACCAACUUUUGAUGAUUGCAUGAACAAACUAAAAAUGCUUGGAUGGGAAGGAGAUGACCCACUCUACGGAGUUGCCCUCGCAAUCUUUUGUGAUCCAAAUGAUCUUUAUCGCGAAGCAUGGAUGAAAAUUGAUGCAGCACUCCUUCCAAAUUGGGUCAAAAUGAUAGGGAAAAAAUUAGGAUUUAUGUAGGUUGUUAGUUUCUUGUGCUUUGAACGUAUUCAGGACUACAUUUGGUAUUUACGACUCGUGUUUGUUUUUUGGAUUAAUUAUGACUCUUGUUUGUAUUUUCAUGGGAUGACUAUUGCAUGUUUUUGUGACACUUGCUAUAUCUUGUGACAUCUAAGAAUGUAAUGUUUAUUUAUAAAUAUCUGAUUUGUACUUUUUUGCAAGGUUAAUAUGGAUCUUGAGGCGCAACUUCUAAUCCUAAUGCUUGUGUAUUAUUAUGUGAGGCGAAGAAAUUCUACUCUAAGAAUGCCAAGAAUAAGAGAUAACACUUCUGCAUUAACUGGACAUGCUUACACACAGGAGUUACUAGAUGGUUCUAAUACACAAUGUGUGGAAUUAAUGCGUGUCUCUCAUGCCGGAUAUGUACUAUUAUGCAACCAUUUUAGACAAAGAAAUUGGUUGAGUGAUAGUAAACAUAUAAGUGUUGAGGAAAAGAUGGCGAUAUUUUUGACAACCAUCGGAAAUAAUCAGAGGUUUAGAGUGAACAAAAGGAGAUUCCAACACUCUACACGGACCGUUCACAAAUGUUUUCAUGAAGUUCUACAAGGAAUGAUGGAAUUUGCAAAAGAAAUGAUAGUACCAACAACGCCUGAUUCAGUCCUAAAUUUGUCAAACCGGCAAAAACGUUUGAGAGAGAUUUUUCCGGGAGCGAUUGGAGCACUAGAUGGAACUCUUGUACACGCAAUUGUGCCCACUGAAAGGCAAACUAUUUAUAGAGGAAGAGGAGGGGGUCGGUGUUAUCAAAACGUUUUAGGAAUUUGUGAUUUCAAUAUGAUAUUCACUUUUGUUUGGGCUGGUUGGGAAGGAAUAGCACAUGAUUCUCGAGUACUAACGCAAGUUGUAUUCAAUCCUAAUUCCGGCUUUCCACUUCCUCCACAAGAUAAAUACUAUCUAUGUGAUGCUGCGUAUGCAAACACUCGUGGAUUUUUAGCUCCAUAUCGUAACACAAGGUACUGGUUAGCAGAUUAUCGUCGUCGUCGUGCAUUGACUAAAGAAGAAAGAUUCAAUCAUGCGCAUGCACAACUCCGGAAUGUGAUUGAACGUACUUAUGGUGUCCUGAAAGCAAGGUUUCCAAUCUUAGAUCAGAUGGCUCCUUAUCCAUUUGCGAUACAAAGGAAUGUGGUGAUUGCUUGUUUUGCCGUUCAUAAUUUUAUCAGAAAGUCCAACAUCGAUGAUGAUUUUUUCAAAGAAUGGGAAGAUGGCACUACAAUCAACAAUGAAGCACAAGAGGAACCUGAGGAUAUUGGAGAAGAAGUGCAUGCAGCACAAUGGGGCACACAAAGUUUACAGUAUAUGACGAAUUUGCGGAAUGAAAUCGCUAAUAGACUAGUAGGAAACAUUUAAAUUUAAAGUGUUGUGCCUGUUAAGACAAAUGACAAUUUCUUAUCAUGUAAUGCGACUUUUUUAUUAUAAUAAUUUGUAGCAUUAUUAUUCUCGGGCAUCUGAAAUUAUGUUUCAAAACAGAGAAAGUAAACAGACAAUAUACAUUCAGCACUUGUUCCAGACAGAAGGGUUGUUUGGUCAU